GUACGUCCGUGCAGCAGGACCGAUAUGGGAUGGUAUGGGAUGAAGGGAAGGCAUGGCAUGAGGCGGGCCGUUUUGUCCGCUGCAUAGCCAUUGCCGAUAUACUGUGUGGUCUCAUAUUCGUGCUUCAAAAUAUCCAGGGUGCCACUGUCUUCGCACGGACUGUAAAGGAGGGGAGUUAGAUGUUCAGAGGAUGAUCAUGUUACAAAGAUGGGUUUGUGUUUUCAUAAGCCUGCUUCCAUUUUUAGUUUGUGGUUCGUACGCACAGCAGGCGAAUGGCAAUGGCACUAAUUUUUCGUUUACAUACUUCAGCCAGAACAACAGCCAGCAGCUGAUAUACAUGGGGAAUGCUUCCAUUCCGGCUGGGCAUGCUUAUAUCGACAUCACACCCGAUCCAUACGCCACUUUAAACGUUUCUCUUUCAAACGAAACGGCCUCAAAUGUGGUGUUUCCGAGCAUGAUCGGAAGGGUUCUGUACCGCCAGCCGGUAACGAUGUGGCCGGCGAGUUUCACCACCGUCUUCACCAUCUUCGUGAAACCCGUAGUUUUUAAUGGUGACGGUCUUGCCUUCAUCAUCGUCCCGAAUACCAAAAGGUUUUUAGCAGGGAGCGACGGGAGCAUGAUCGGCCUCUUCGACGACUCCACAAACGGAAACACGACUGAGCAACUUGCCAUCGAAUUCGACACGUACCAGAACCGCUUCGACCCGGACGGCAAUCAUGUGGGCAUCGACAUCCAGGGCAUCACAUCCAACGUUACAGAAAAUAUGGGAAAGCACGGCAUCGACCUCAAGGCGGGGCGAGCUAUACAAGUGCGGGUUCACUACGACGGGUGGGCUAAAUCCCUGCAAAUCUAUGCGCGCUAUCCAAACAAUACUUCGGCCUACACGAGCAUUUUGAAUUACACGGUGGAGCUCGAGAACACUGUUCCAAGAUCGGCAUACGUGGGAUUUUCUGCGACAACAGGGAAUUCCUACGAGAUACACAGAAUUCUCGACUGGAAUUUCUGUUCCGUGAGUUUACCCAAAUCUUCUCUGAAAUUUCACCCAGUGGUGACGCGAACCGGAGGAUCGGGCGGUGGGGUCAAUGUAGGCGUCUUGGCAGGAUCCAUUACAGGCGGAUUAGUUGUGGUGGGAUUAUUGGUCUCGUGGUUCGUGGUGAGGAGAAUGAAAAAGAAAAGGGAGGCUGAUUCAAAUCUUGGCUACUUCAGCGGGGAACUGGCAGUGAUUCAACACGCGCCUCGGCGGUACCCCUACAGGCAACUUGUCGCCGCCACAAACAACUUCAGCGAAUCGGAGCUUUUGGGAACCGGUGGGUUCGGGAGCGUGUACAGAGGAAACCUUAACGCCGGACGCAACGAACAGCCGGCGUUGGUAGCGGUGAAGAAAAUUUCGGCCGGGUCAAAACAGGGGGCAAAGGAGUUCAUCUCAGAAAUCAGCACCAUUGGCCGCCUACGCCACCGGAACCUGGUGCAGCUUCACGGGUGGUGUCAUGAGCGCGAUGAGCUUCUCCUUGUCUACGAUUACAUGCCCAACGGAAGCCUGAACAGAUUUCUCUUCGACAGAACUGGGGAAACGCCAUUGAAUUGGCCACGGCGUCACAGGAUAUUGUGCGGCCUGGCCUCGGCUCUACUGUACCUGCAUGAAGAAUGGGAGCAGAGGGUCGUUCACCGGGACGUGAAGCCCAGCAAUGUGAUGCUCGACGGCGAAUUCAAUGCCCGCCUGGGGGACUUUGGUCUGGCAAGGUUCAUCGAGCACGACGAUGCUACUCCUGAUGUGACGACCCGACUGGCGGGUACGCCCGGGUACAUGGCGCCCGAGUGCAGCUACACGGGCAAGGCCACCGCAGAGUCCGAUGUUUUCAGUUUCGGGAUCGUGCUGUUGGAGGUGGCCACGGGUAGGCGGGUGGUGGAGCGCAAGUCUCCAUUGGCUGAAGGGAAUUUGGUGGACUGGGUUUGGGGACUGCAUAGCAAGGAUAGUGUUUUGGAGUGUGUGGAUCCCAAAUUGGAUGAGUCUGAUUAUGAUGCAGAGGAGAUACGAAAGGUUUUGAUCUUGGGUUUAGCGUGCUCGCAUCCUGAUCCACAGUUGCGUCCUUCAAUGAGACAAGCCAUUCAAGUGCUCAUGAACCCUAAUGAAGAGCUUCCGCAGCUGCCUUCCACCAGGCCAAUGGCGAUCUAUGUUGUUUUGCCACCGGUUGGAGCUGUGUUUUCUCAGACCACCUUGUCUGACAGUAGCAUAGGAACCAUUACUACUUCAGUACAUAAUGGUAGGUAGGCCCCCUUACUUUGUUUGUCCUACUCUCCUCCUGUUAAUCUAGUCGGUUUAAUGGUGAAUAUUGGGUAACUUUGUUUAGCUCUCUGUUUCGAAUUUUCCUUGACUAAACAUAUGUUUGUUAGGAGUCAGUAAUUUUGAAAUGUACCUUUCAUAAAAAAAAGUAUUUUCUUUCUGUCACAGUUUUACAGUCAUUUGAAAUGAGAUCUCUAUUAAAAUAGCGUGGAUGAGAUAUUUGUAAAAUAGAAAUUGACGUUUAGUCUUUGUUAUGUGAAAUGAGAUCUUUGUAAAAUCUUGUGGA